UCAUGUAUCAAUCUCAUUUAUGAACAUAUUAAUUACUCAAGUAAUGUAAACAAUACAAAUGUUCUGGAACCUCCUUCAAUAAAUACAUCUGUCAUUGAUCUAAUUAAUAAACUUUUUAUUGGCAAUUGGUCUAUAACAAUUAAUUAUACGUUAUAUUUUAAUCAAUGUUUACCAACAGUAUGUUCAUACACUUAUAUUCAAAAGUUAAAUUCACUUUAUACAAUAACUCGUCUACUUGGUCUCUGUGGUGGUCUUACUGUUGUUCUUAAAUGGAUUUGUCCAACAUUUAUAUGUUUACUAGCAAAAAUUUAUGAACGUUGGAUGAAGAAGAAGCGAAUCGACCGUAUUGAACCAGUUUAUCUUAUUCCUGUUGAAAAUAGUGAAGUAACAAGAAAUGCACAUGAUAUUAAUCAAGUCGAUAAUAUUUAUCCAUCAAUAAAACCAUUUGUAAUCCUAAAGUAUACAUUACAACGUCAUACUGUUUUAUUUGGAAUUAGUUUAUUCAUACUACUGAUAACAAUCGUUACAAUUCCAUCUGUUUACUUUACUCAACGAGAAAAGAAUACUUCUAUAUCGACAGUAGUUUUAAUGAUGAAUACAACUAUUCCAUCGGUGAAUGAGAACAUAUCGGCAACAGCAGCAUUUGUUCCAGCAGAAAAAAUCUGUCAGUUGACAUUUGAAUCAAGUGUUAUUUCUUCAUAUGAUUCUUCCACUUGGCCGUAUUUUAUUGCUACUGGUAAUUUUAAUGGAGAUGACUAUUUAGAUCUUGUUGUUCUUGUUACAACCUUCGACAGCAAUAUAGGUAUACUAUUAAAUAGUGGUAAUAAAACCUUUGGAGAAUACUUAAACAUUUCGAGUAUAGUUGCAUAUUAUGGAAAUUACAUUAUUGUAGCGGAUGUUAAUAACGAUAGUCGAUUAGAUCUGAUUAAUUCUGGUUUAUUUACAAACGAUCUACAAGUCCUAAUUGGCAUAGGUAAUGGAUCAUUUGAACAAUCAUCAAUAGUUUCACCCGGACCAUCUAGUUUUUCGUGGUCAAUAGCUAUUGGUGAUUUCAAUGGUGAUGAUCGACUAGAUGUUAUCAGUUCCAAUGAUUUAGAAUCAUACGUAGGUAUCGUGUUUGGCGUUAGUAAUGGAACGUUUGAAAAUCGAAUGACAUUGUCGAUUGGAAAUGAUAGUAUUUCUUCAUCGGUAGUCGUCGGUGAUUUUAAUAAUGAUCAACGAUUAGAUUUUGUUGUUGUUGAUGUAUCUCAAAAUAAUAUUUGUCUAUUUCUUGGUAACGGUAAUAGCACAUUUCAACGAAAAACGACUUUAUCAAUUGGAUAUCAAAGUAUUUUAGGGUCGUUUGUUGCUGCUGAUUUCAAUAAUGAUGAUUACUUAGAUAUUGCUGUUUUUGAUUUAUUAAAUCACGAAUUAGACGUCUUUCUUGGUAAUGGUGAUGCAAGUUUCCGACCAAUGUUAACAUUUACAACAGGACAUUAUAAUAGUCCAAAAUCAAUGGUUGCUGUAGAUUUCAAUGGUGAUCAGUAUUUAGAUAUAGCUUUUACCAAUGAUUAUACAGCUGAUAUAGGGAUAAUGGUUGGGAAUGGUAACGGAACCUUUAGAACAGAAAUACAUGUCUCAAUUGGAAAUGACAGUACUCCACGAAUGUUGACUGUUGGUGAUUUCAAUAAUGACGGACGAUCAGAUAUAGUUGUAGCUACUUAUCUAACAGGACAAUUGCUUAUUCUUUGGAACACUUGUGAAUGUUGUUCUUCAACUAAUUCAGACUAA